UUUAGUUGUGCAGAAUAUAUAGACACAAAUCAAACUCAUUAUUUUCAUUGCGUACAAGAGUGUUCAUCAGUUAUGUACCGGUUCAUAUGUCGACAUUAAUCUAACGUUAAAUAGCCAACACUUAUUAGUACCAGUCAUCGUGUGACUAUAAAACAGAAGUAAGAACUGACAAAAACGAAGUUUUCUGACGCCGUAAAACAUGUACGGACUAAUAUUGGUGAUAGCGUUACUAACGCCGAUCGGGUGUUCCGAUGUUCCACGAACACCGGUAAUUCAAACGAAUUCUGGACCAGUCCAAGGCGUCAUAUUGACCACUGUAUGGGAAUCACAAGAAUAUUCAGCCUUCAAGGGCAUUCCCUAUGCAACUCCACCAAUUGGAAACCUCAGAUUUAGGCCUCCUGUUCCACCCGAAUCAUGGAACCAAACACGGGAUGUCAUUAACGAUACUAAUUCGUGUCCUCAAGAGGGUCAUGGUGUUUAUAGUGGAAAUGAAGAUUGUCUAUACUUGAACGUGUAUACUCCAGAGACAACAUUCAAAAAUAUAACUCUGAAGCCUGUUAUGGUCUGGAUUUAUGGCGGCUCUUUUCUUAGAGGAAAUGCUAGCUCAUCAGUUUAUGGACCUGACUUUUUCAUGGAGCAGGACGUAGUUAUUGUCACCUUUAAUUAUCGUCUCGGUCCUCUAGGAUUUUUAUACCUAAACCAUACACUUGCGCCUGGCAAUGCCGCAAUGUACGAUCAGGUGAUGGUCUUGGAAUGGGUUCGAGACAACAUCGUCGCGUUUGGAGGUGAUCCAAACCAAGUGACGCUCUUUGGACAAAGCGCUGGCAGCGCGAGCGUGACCUAUCAUGUUCUGUCCGAGAGAUCCAGUGGUCUAUUCCAUCAAGCCAUCUGCCAAAGUGGAACUCUAACACCAUAUUUCUACAGGACACACGAGGAAGCGUUCAAUAAUGCUAAAAAAUUAGCUGCAGCUCUUGAUUUCCAUUCUGAUAGCCCAAAAGAGCUAUUAGAAUUUUAUCGUCAAGCUGACCCGAAAGAUCUGAUGACAAAAACAAACAAAAUUUUCUCAAUUUUUACCGACCUAUCUCUUCCAUUUACACCUGUGAAGGAUAAUCCUAAUUUAAUAGAUUCUAAUCACAAAUUCCUCCCCGAGUGUCCAAUAAAUAUAAUGACAACUCAAAAAUUCAAUAAGAUGCCUAUGAUUGUAGGCUUCACACACGAUGAAAUGUUAGACUUCACUGAAGGCGUGUACCAUACUUUAAAUAUUACAAUAGAUCUCUGGGAACGAAUCUUCCCAAUUUUACCAAUCGAGAUUCUCAAGUUGUAUGAUUUGGUCAAGACUGUAUCUGUGGAUGCAUCAGAUUACAUCAUGAAGGGACCAAUUGACUUUACCCAAAGACUGUACUCGCAAGGUGAUGAUGGAAACCCUAUUUAUUAUUAUCAAUUGUCGUAUGUGUCGAAUUACUCCAUGCACAAACUAGAUGGUAUUCCUGUGGAUGGCAUCGCUCACUACGAUGACGUUGGAUUGCUUUUCAAUGUCCAAAGAUUGGACGCUCCUACCGAUCCGGAGUAUCCUUUCAAUCAGAUGAGGCAAAAAAUAGUCACCUUGUGGGCUAAUUUCGCAAAAUAUCAAAAUCCAACUCCUGAUGAUGCAAACCCAUUGGAUGUUAUCUGGCAACCAUCUAACAACUCUGGUCGAUUGCUGAACAUUACUGAUAACUCCCAAAUGAUAAAUCGUAAACAAGCAAUCAGUUCUGGUGCCUUGGAUACAGAGAAAUUCCUUUAUCUCACUAUGCCUAUUACAAACGACUGCAAAACGGUCAUCUAUCCAAACUUUUUUAGCAUCUUCAGCAUUCAAGAUUUAAUCUCUUAAGGAUCACAAUGACCAUAUCCCUUCUAACCCGCAUAGCCAAUUGAUCUCCUACGAUUUUUGGAUUACAUUCUUUAAUAUCUUAAAGUAAUUUUACUUUAAAUAUUCUUAUUUUCUAAUAAUGAAAGGACAAGAGAUUACAGUUACAAAUUUUAUUCGAAAAAUACUGUACCAGGAACGAACUAUAUUAUACUUUACUGCGAACCCGGCCUUUACUUGACGAGACUUAAAUAUGUAAAAGCUACAAUUAAUGAAAAAGAAUAAAGUAUCAGAGACAAUGUAU